AUGGGUAAAUUAAGAAAAGGAAGAAGAAACCAAAGAGGCCGUGUAAAUCCAAUAGCUCGUAAAGAUGGAACCUCGGUAUCUAAACAAGAAUUAAAGGAUGAGACCACUCGCCAGAAUAAGAUUGUCCCAUUGAUUUCCCAAUUAUCGUCCUCUGCCCUCAAUGACAGAUCGGUCGCUCUCAAUGCGAUCACUGUCUUGUGUGAGGAUAAAAGAAUGCGUAAAUUGCUCCUCAAAGAGCGGUUGAUUCCUGUGAUUAUGGAACAGACACUCACUGACGACAACGAUGAGCUCGUGGUCGAGUCAUUUGGAUUGUUGAGAAACUUGACCAUUGAAGAAGGCUACGAGGUAGCCAAAUUUUUGUGGAGAUCUGACAUUUGGACCUCCAUCGAAACCUCUUUGACCAAGAUUCAAUCAACAUUGCAGUUCUUGGCUGAGGACAAGAAGCUUGACCUGAAGAGAACAUUCAUGUUCUAUGACUUUGUUGAAAACAUUCUCUCCUUGAUCGUGCUGAUAGCAAGCUGCUCUCUAGAUUUGUAUGAGAGCAUCUACAGCAAAAUUGAGCCCGUAGUGACCCUCACAGUGGAGAUUCUUAACUGGAAUUGUCAGAAGCUUCGCUCUGUGAAUCUCUUCAACUCUGCGCUUGACUUUCUCUAUGAGUUUGCAUCUGACUCGGCUGAAUUUGUUGUUUCUUUGUCCCAAUUGCCAUCCUUUUCGUUGAACACAAUCGCUGAAGCAGCUAAUCUGCCAGCUCAGAAGAACAAUGCUUUAGGCAGAGUAUAUAUUGAAGGUUUGCGUCUUCAUUUCAUGGAAGUUAAGGGUGACUACAACCGUUCGAAAUCUGAGGCUUGUGCUCAAGUUAUUCAAAAUUUGUUCUCAAUUGUCACUCCUAUCGACUUGAACGAAAUCAAGAAACAGUUAUCUGCCCCAGACAACGCAGAGCUGCCUCUUCAAAAGCAAAAGCAAGAAGAGAAGCCCCAAGAUAUUGAUGUUCCGUUAGGAGGUGAAUCGGCCGAGAAAACGCACGCCAAAGCUGAUCUACAAGCUAUCGAAAUUGCCAUUGAUAUUCUUGCUUCGAUUUGUGAACUAUUAGCUAUUAACGAGCAAGAUCCUCUGCAGCCAGUCACCUUGGAUGACAUUGUCACAUCAGUGAUUCUUACAACAGCCUUUUCCUCGUGUUUGCAACUCCUAAAGUUUUCUCGUGAAAAUUCUGAUGUCAUUCAACUUACUACAAAAGUCUUGAUGGCUUUCAACAACAUUUCUUGGUUGUUUUUGUCGUCUGUCUCUGUUCCUGUCGAAUGGUAUGGAAAAAUUCCUGAAUUAUGGCAAGAAAUUGAGUUGUCCUCUGUCAAUGAUGAUUUAGAGCUACAAAAGACAUCUUUGAGUGUGAUGUGGGCUAUGACGAAAGCUGUUGGCCCUGAAGUCAAAGAUAAAGUAUCUUUGGACAAUGUAAAGUCACUCUUACGCAAAUGUACAGCGCUCUCUCAAACUGGAGAAAAUCCUGCCGAAGACAUGCAUUUGGUAUUUGAGUAUCUUUUAUCUGCAGUGGGAUUUAUGGGAAGCGUGGCUCAAGUAAUCCAGAACACAGAAAUCACAGCAGAGGUUUCGGAGUUUCUAUUCUCCUUAAUCUCACACUUUGUGGACGAAAAAAAUAAUUUGAAAGACACCAAAGCCCUCGAAAUUCCCGUGGAGUGCUUGAACCUCAUUUACGAUAUCUUUGGUGAUGCUGAAUAUCCGUAUGAUGAACCCAUUUUUGUGCAGAGAAGCUACUUGCAAAGAUUGGAGCAAAUGGAGCCACAAGUCAAAUCAUUCUACAAAAAGAUUGAUAAGAAAUGGAGUACCGAGCUCAAGUUACGAGCUGAGGAGGCAUGGAUGAAUCUCUCACGGUUCAUCGAGUACAAAAGAUCCGAAAGACAGUAA